AUGGCGGACCAAGAGUGGGAGGAGACCUAUAGGGCCAUUUCUAGGUCACUAGGUACAAGUCCUGAUACAAGUGCCGACUUUUCACUGCCUCUUCUCGACGUUGGACUGCCAGAGUAUGGACAGGAAGAGACAAUCUCUCCGAGCAUACUCCAAACGUCAACUGCGCCACCAAAGAUUGGCAAUCGCUUCUCCUCAGAGGCUGUCAAGAUCUUGAGAAAUUGGUUUGCAAGCCAUGAGCGACAUCCUUAUCCAACGGUUGAAGAUAUCCAGAAUCUACAGAAUCAGACUGGUCUCGGUCGCCAGCAGAUUACAAACUGGUUUGCAAACACCAGGCGGAGAGCCAAGGCUCAUCUUUCAAGGCCUGCAUCCCCAAUGUUUCGAAAUGAUGAAGAGGGACAUUCGUCAGGGCGUCAGACACCUAUCGAUACGCCUCGUCGCCGACCAACACCAGCACCAUUCGAGCAUAUGAAUCCUCUACAACGAUGGGAGAAUUCACCACCUGAACACGAAGCAGCUACCGUUCACGAUAUCUCUCGCGCUGUCGCAGCCUUUUCUGGACGUCCACGUGGUCGCAUAAAGUCCCGAAGCAAUGCUUCGUCUGUCAGCAGCACGGGAACAUCUGGUUCAAGUCGUGAUUCUGGUUCUUGCAGUUCAGCUCACUCUCAUCCGUCGCGUCAGUCUUCUACGUCUUUUGACCUAUUCCAGAGACGCCACAGUCGACGACGAAGAGCCAGGCUAAGGCGUCAAGAGGUCAGGACAAAUCUGUUGCAAGCUCAGAACACAUAUCAGUGUACUUUUUGCACUGAAACCUUCAAGACAAAGUACGACUGGCAACGGCAUGAAAAGUCUCUGCAUCUGUCUCUGGAAAACUGGGUAUGCUCUCCAAAAGGACCUACAGCUAUUCAUCCUGAGGAAGGGCUGCUAUGCGUGUUCUGUGGCAUCAAAAACCCAGACAAGACUCACCUGGACGGACACAAUCAGAGCGCCUGCAUUGAACGACCGAUUGAAGAGCGAACAUAUCACCGAAAGGACCAUCUUCAACAACACUUGAGACUAGUUCAUGCAUCCAAGUUUCUGAAAUGGCCAAUGGACGAAUGGAAAGUCAUGACACAAGAGAUCCGCUCUCGCUGUGGCUUCUGUGGGAUCAAUCUCAUGACAUGGGCCAGUCGAGUUGAUCAUUUAGCGGAUCAUUUCAAGGCUGGAAGCACAAUGGAGCACUGGAAAGGAGAUUGGGGGUUUGAUACCAAGAUUAUUGACAGGAUCGACAACGCGAUGCCUCCAUACCUUAUUCACCAUGAACGCAACUCUCCGCUUCCAUUUGCUGCAACAAAGGGACCAGCAGAUACGCCAACAAGUGCCUACGAGCUGAUCAAGCUCGAGCUUGAGUAUUACAUGAGAAACACGUUCCACGCAUUCGGCAGUCUACCUCAAGAUGCCGAGCUUCACUUUGAAGGAUGUUCAGUCAUUCUAGGCGCAGAAAUCAUCUCUCCAAACCCAGCUUCUUCUGCUCCGUCGUGGCUUUGGGAUAUCUUCAUGUCCUGCACAGAAAUUGCCAACCAAGCAAGGCUACGACCCACGAAACAGCUUGCGGAAUCACGACUCAGUCAGCUCAAGAUCAAUGGGAAAGGCAACAUAUUUGAGAAUUGCGAACUCGAAGCUGCGUUGCGGCAAUACAUGGCAGCUCAUGCAGCUGUAGGACACUUUCCAUCCGAUUCAGAGCUCCAACAAGAAGCCUGUAACGCUCUUAAUCGCAUCGAGAGCUCAUCUCCCAAUCCUUCGAGGCGGUUCCUGGACUUUUUGAUGAGACUGGUCUGGAGUUCCACUACUUGGCUGUUACCUCUACGGCAGCGAGCCCCUGUCGUUGCUUCGCCACCUCUGAAUGAUCAGGCUCUUUUAUGGCCACAGAAUCAAGCUCUCGAGAAUGUCAACGGUGCUGUCUUAGGAGACAUGAACGUGGAUCUUCAAAACCUCAGCAAUUCCUGGAUGCCCCUGACAGAAUCAGACAUGGCUCUCGAGAAUCGAUCCCUGUCUCCCGGAAUAUCAGAAGGAAUCCCAAACAUGACGUCUCCUCUGAUCAACCAAGAGAUGCCGUCGCGCGAUUCUCUCGACAGGGCUCUCCUUCGUGACAAGGUCCGAACAGCGACUCCAUUCUUUAUCAACGACAACAACAGCUACCGUCGACUCAAAAGAGAACUGUCGAGAUUCGUCAUGACUACAAUGUCACAAAACAAUCCCAACAGACACAUUCCCAGUGAUGACGAGUUGAAAUACCAAGCCCGAUGGAUAUUAUACGACGAGUAA